UUUUUCUCUUUCAACGGAGAGUAGUUCCUACACGAAACACUCUUCCUCUCUCUUUCUCUUUCUAAAAGCCUCUUCUCUCUCUCUAAACUCUAUCUCUCUCUCUCUGCCAUCAUCCCUUCAAUCACACAGAAGUAAAAGAAUGAGCAAAUCUCUCAGAAGUUCAGGUGGUUAACAACGAUAUAUCAACUGAAAUGGGAGGCUGCUGUUGUUGCUGUGCUUCUAAAGGAAGGGAACUGAAUAGCUCAUCGCCUUUUUACCAUUACCCCAGAGUGUCAGAGGAGCGACAACCUUUAUCGCACCAUGGUAGCACAGCCUUGGUACUCUCCACAGGCCUCUUAGUUGAUACAAAUCUUGAUACCUCAAGUCCGGAUACUUAUAGGCCACCUCCAACACCAAGGCCAUAUGAAACACAUGCAGGACGGCCUAGAACACCACCAGGUAAUCAAGAUGGCCACAAGAAUGAGGCAGCGGCACAGACAAAAGACACUGAAACUUGUGAAGAAGCAAACUCUGGAAAUGGUACAGAAAUAGCUGACACAGCCACAAAAGGAUCUGAUGCUAAAAUGCAAGAUAAUGUUGAGCUUACUGCUCAAAAGGAAGUGGUAGAUGAACUUGAGAAAUCUGGUGAACUUAAAAAGUCCAAUGAACCUAUUGUUCCAUUACUUCAGGAAGAGGAGGAUGUUUGCCCAACUUGCCUUGAAGAAUAUGAUGAGGAGAAUCCAAAGAUCAUAACAAAAUGUGAGCAUCAUUUUCACCUUUCAUGCAUUCUCGAAUGGAUGGAAAGAAGUGACACUUGUCCAGUCUGUGAUCAGGAAAUGGUUUUCAGUGCCUAGAUUGAUUGAUCAUUGUCACACUUCUGCUAUUGGCAUUUUGGUAUUAAUGUAGAAAGGAGUUUUUGGUGACAAGUCGCAAUCCUUAGAUUGCUCAUUUGAUUUUGCGGUGUUGUUUUAGUUCUUUAAAUGAAUUGAAAAAAAAAUAAUUUCAAAAAAAAAAAUGGAAAAGAAGAAAAUGCAAGUACAUCAGUACAUGGAAUGUACAUAGGUUUUCCUUUGCGGUUUCUUCGUAUUUAAUGAUGAUGAACUAUAUAGGUUAUACAUAGGGAUUGGAGGAAAUAUCUUGCUGGCUGAAGCUUCCUACUAGAUAGGUGCAUCAAGAUGUUGUGUUGGGUAUUGCCUCCCGUUUUGGGUGGUUCCUGGCUCCCCACUGCUGCUAACCUUGUCUCUCAAGGCUUGUGGACAAUCUGUCGUAUUCUAUCCAUCUGUUCUUUAUAGCGCUUUGUAUAUUUCCCCAGAAAUUAAGACCAUCUUCAGUGCCUAUUACGCUUAUUUUUUUGUUUUGGUUUUGGUUUUGGUUCUUUUGUUGUUGUUGCAUUUGAUUUUGGGACGGGAGGAACUUUGGCAACCUGCAUUAGAAAAUCAAUUUUGUAUAAAAUGCUCGAUUUCAUA